GUUGUGUUUAAAUACACAAACUGUUUCCAAAUCAGCGCCUUGAGAGACCACUUUAACCGUCUUGGAGAGUGGCACUGCACGGCCGAGGCGUAACAUUUUGAAAGGUUGUGUUCAGUAGACAGCCACAGAAAGCAGGAGUCCGUUAAGUAGGUUUAAAGAAACAAACCGCGGUUUCUAAAGUGGAGAAUAAAACAACUGAAAAGUUUUAUUUUCGAAGGAACCAUUGGAGUACAUUGUGAGCAGCAAGAAGCCAUUCAACUCCGACCUCCGAUGCUAAGGCUCCAUGGCAUAAAGCCUGUCCUCCGAUACAGCGUGUCCCUUGGGAGAACUGCCUAGGAGCUCACGACUCUGACGCCCCGCUGCUAAUUUCCACAGCCUGAGGGGAACCAGGAAGCAGCCGGCAGGAGCCAUGCCUGCCCUGGCUACCGGAGCCGGCCACGAGCCAGGUCUGUACGAGCUGCUGGCGGCUCUGCCCUCCCAGCUGCAGCCCCAUGUCAGCCGCCCUGAGGACAACAUCUUCCUCCAGGACAUGUUUGGGGAGAGAAGCCUCCACUCGCUGGUCAAGAUCCAUGAACAGCUGCAGCACUACGAAGAGAGCAAGCCCGUCCCUGUCCUUGACAGCGCUGCAGCUUUGGCCCAUGAAUUGUCUGAGGAGCUGGAAGGGAAAUCAGCCAACGGAGAAAUCAAAGAGCUUCUCAAACUCCUGGCCAAACCCCAUGUGAAGAGCCUUCUGUCGGUCCAUGACACUAUCGCCCAGAAGAGUUACGACCCCGAACUACCUCCGCUGCCUGAAGACAUUGACGACGAUGAGGAUUCUGUGAAAAUCAUAAGACUGGUCAAAAACAAGGAACCUCUCGGAGCAACGAUAAGGCGUGACGAUCACACAGGAGCCAUCCUCGUGGCCCGGAUCAUGAGAGGAGGGGCAGCCGACAGAAGUGGACUGAUUCACGUAGGAGAUGAACUGAAGGAGGUCAAUGGAAUCCCUGUGGAUGACAAGAAACCAGAGGAAAUCAUUCGUAUUCUGGCCCAGUCGCAAGGAGCCAUUACCUUUAAAGUUGUCCCAUGCGUCAAGGAGGAUGCGCCAACCAAGGAGCAAAAAGUGUUUGUGAAGGCGCUCUUUGACUACGACCCUAAGGAGGACAAAGCCAUCCCAUGUAAAGAGGCUGGACUGGCCUUCAAGAAGGGCUCUAUCCUUCAGAUCAUGAGCCAAGAUGAUGCAACCUGGUGGCAGGCCAAACACGAAGGGGAAGCCAAUCCCCGUGCCGGCCUUAUCCCGUCCAAACAGUUCCAGGAGAGGAGAUUUGCCCUGUGGCGACCUGUUGCGACGCUCCCGCCCCAGAAGACCUUGAGUCGACGAUCAUUGGAUGCACCACAGAAAUGUACCAAAGACUGGGUCUCACUAGACGAUGUGGCCGUAGAGUUUGCUGAGGAGAUCGAAGAGGAUGCUGACUAUAGUAGCGGAUUCCACCUAGCUGGGUUCAGGAGAAGCUUCCGUCUGAGCAGGAAGGACAAGAAGACCAACAAGUCUAUGUACGAGUGUAAGAAGAGUGAAAUGUAUGACAUGGCUGAUGUGCCCACUUAUGAGGAGGUCACCCUUUACCGCAGGCAGAGUGGGGCUAAACACAGGCUGGUGGUUCUAGUAGGACCCACAGGAGUUGGCUUGAAUGAACUCAAGAGGAAACUGUUGAUCUCAGACCCCCAGCACUUUAGUGUGACCAUCCCACACACAAGUCGGGCCAAGAAGAACCAGGAGAGCGACGGCGUGGAGUACCACUUCAUCUCCAGACAUCUCUUUGAGACGGAUAUCCACAAUAACAAGUUCAUUGAGUAUGGCGAGUACAAAGGGAAUUACUACGGAACGAGUCUAGACUCGAUACGCUCCGUCCUCUCCAAGAACAAAGUGUGCUUAUUGGAUGUCCAGCCUCAUACCCUAAAGCACCUGCGGACGGCAGAGUUUAAACCCUUUAUAGUGUUGGUAAAGCCUCCUACGAUCGAGAGGUUGAGGGAGACCAGACAGAACGGCAAAAUCCUAUCUGGCAAGGACGACAAGGGUUCUGCCAAGCCAUUCACGGAGGAGGACUUUGAGGAGAUGGUGACCACUGCCCAGAUGCUGGAGACUCAACAUGGCCACCUGUUUGAGAAGGUCAUAGUCAAUGAUGACCUCUCGGCAGCCUUCAGCGAGCUGCGGUUGGCACUAAAGAAAGUGGAGACGGAGACUCACUGGGUUCCAGUCAGCUGGACUCACUCCUGAGAUCCACACAGAGUGUACAGGGAGAAAAGGGAAGGGCUUUGACAAAUAUAUGCAGGUAUUUUAUCUUUUUUAUGUCUGCUGUGGCUCGUGUUGGGGGUUGGGUUGGGUUGGUGGGGGGGCAGGAUAAAACAAGAAAGCGCCAGACUGCUGUGUCGCCAUACCUGAGCUGCACAGAGCUAAGAAUAAGCUUUUGCUUGGGAUCAGGGUUGGAUUUAGACCUCAGCUGUGGUCUGGAUGUGAAUCUACAGGGCUGAGGCUGAGGGUUUGUCCAGAUUAUGGGCCUUGGACAUUGAUCUGGGUCUCAGUCUGGGCCACACAACUACGAGCCACGAGUUUGAGCUCCUUGGUCCAAAACCAGAAUGUGGAACGAGCCUGGACCAUCACAGCACCAGCAGUCCUGCCAGCACAUCAUCAGUCGCCAGGCCAACCAGGACUCCGUCUUUAGUGUGUUUAUAACAUUAGGCCAUUAGAAACCAAAGGGUUGACAUAUUUCUUCUUGGUGGACAACUUACAUGCAUAUGUCUGUAAAAGAACACAACCUCUGCGCGGGCAAAAAGGGAGGGAAAAGAAAACCUAUUUGCCUUCUGUCUUAACUAUAUUUCUGUGCUUCUAUAAUGCUUCCAUGACUGUUACUCCAAACAAAACAUUGUCAGGUACACUCAAAAAAGGGCGGUAAGUGUAAUUUUAUUUAAGAGAAAUUAAUAUAUUUUCUAAUAUCCUCCGGGGUUGUUUUUUUUUUUUUUCAUACCUUUUUAUAUAUACAUAUCUUGACUUUUAAAGCAACCUGAUCGCAACUGUAGCCACCUCUCUGACAGCGUUUUACAUCAGAGGCGUCUCUUUUUUUUUUUUUUUUUUUAAGUCAAGUGUUUUGAUUUUAUCACCCUAGUCUAGUUUUCCCCCUACAAAGCACAUAGAGAGACAUUUUAUUUAGGUGUUAUAUAAUCCAUUUAGGAGCAUUUUGGAAAGCCACCCUUCAUAUGAAGGUGCCCAGAAUAACAGCGUUGCCAUUUAAAGUCCCAGAACUGGACCCUUUUGGCUGUCUCCUAGAAGAAAAUGUUCACAAUUGUGUUUUAUUAGGGUGGAGUCUUUAUUUUUAUUCACAUAAAAAUGGCUUCAGCAAUGCAGCUAAUAGAGAGUCCACAGCACACUUCCCUGGUUUUACUCAGUAUUUUUCAUUUUUUAACUCCCAACUGGUUGUCAAAGCAGCUAGUCAUUAAUCCUGGCUGUAUUAUUAUCAUUAAUAAUGUUACAGCCCUGGUAGCUCCUUGGUUCUUUGCUUCUAAUGUGAACACCUGAUGAUUUUACACUUUAAAGGAAUAGUUUUCCCUCUUAUUUGCUUUCCUGCCAACAGUAAGUUGAGAAGAUUGAUCCCACUGUCAUGUCUAUGUAUUAUUUGUGGAUGUAGAGCCAAGAGGCGAUUAGCAGCACUUCUAAAGUUGUGGUUUUAUGAUCUUGUUUCGGUUUGUGAACAAGAUAUUUGUUUAUUUAUAAGCGUUAAAGGUCCCAUGACAUGGUGCUCUUUGGAUGCUUUUAUAUAGACCCUAGUAGUCCCCUAAUACUGUAUCUGAAGU